AUGCUAUUGACGGAUCUACCUAGAGAUAUUCUUCUUGAGAUCCUUGAUCGUCUCUGGGAAGAUUCUCAGCCCAAUUUUAGCAGUGAGGAGUUUAUAUUUCGAUGCCGCAGUAUGAUCGGGGUCGGUGCGACUUGUCGAGCUCUUAGGAUUGCCGCACUGCCUUACAUCUACUCUGAACUUUCGUUAAGCAUAAAUAGAGAGGCCCUCUGCAAGUUCUUGAACGACUACAAAUACAUUGCAGCAUACAUCCGCAAGCUCACUUUUACCUACUCCGAUCGCUUGGAUUCACUCUCUCCUUUCCUGGUUCGGAAUGUCAUCUCUCAGUGCACGGGACUACAGACACUGGAUAUUAUAUGUUAUAAUGACAGUACAGUUCUUGAUUAUUCUGCACGUAUGAUCCUGGAAUGGUUACCUCCAGAAUCGAUACAGUCAAUUGAAUGUCUGGACAUCAUGACCAAUAUGGGGGACAUAUUGCAGUGCGUCCAGAGGGUUGGAAAGUUGUCUGUAAACGGGGAUUUUUCUAAACUACAAGAUCUUAAACUCGAUGGUCGAUUAAACAACCGCAGUAUUUUUGAUUUAGUUCCGAACGAGGUGGGCUCAGAAAUCCUCCCGCAGGUGCGGAAGUUAUCGCUCAAAACUUGGCUCAAAGAGACUGGGCCGUUAGGGGCAUUCAUCGCAAAAAUGCUGCCGAAUGUUGAGUCUCUACACUUGGAAACGGUGGAAAAACUGGCGUAUACGAUUCUAAGCGCUUAUGUCGAUUUGGGAACAAGAAUCACAGAACUUCAGAUCGCCGAAUGCCACCCUAUCCCUAUAGCCGAGAGUCCGGAUCUUUCACCAGUCUGUCAUUGUUUAUUCAGGAACAUCGACGACUGGCCAUUGUUGGUCGAGCUAACGCUCAGUGGCGUGACGGGAUGUGAAGGUUUAAAGCCAGAUCUGUUGCACUCAGCGAUGACAGAGCUUGCACGUACUCAUCCGGGAGCAACAAUUCUGCUGGAAAGGGGGAGAGACCUCAUGGUUGACAUUAAACCGAAAGGGCCUAAAACCAUUGCACCGGUGGAGAUAUUCGAAAGACUUUCUAUACCUUUUGACCAUUUCUACCCCCCCUCCCCCUAUUACGACGAAUUCUAUGAUCAUGAUCAUGACUUUGACCUUGAUGUCGAGGAUGCAAUGGAGGAAUACUUUGAGAAUGAAAAUUAUGAGGACGACGAUUAUUAUUAUGGGUAUUAG